AUGACGGGCUGGGCUUACAGGCCUACUCCACUGCACCUUCCAAGGGCGCAAAAUGUAUUCACUUCGUACGCAUAUACUGUACAGGAAAAAAACUUGCUGGUCUUCUCAAACGGCGAACUCACUUCAAUCCCCCCAACGCAUCUCGGCCAAUUCACGCUCUCAAUCGAAAUUUCACAACUACAUCCAGAUCCCAUGGACGCAGCCGAAUUUCGCACUGCUGCGCAUUCCGCUAUCGAGGAAAUCAUCGCAUACUACGACUCCCUGCCCGAAAAGCGCGUGCUGGCCACCGUGUCUCCCGGCUACCUCGCACCGCUCCUUCCAACCUCUGCUCCACAAGAGCCCGAAUCAUGGAAAGUCAUUCAGCCUGACAUAGAGAAAUAUAUUCUUCCAGGCCUAACCCACUGGCAGUCGCCCAACUUCAUGGCUUUCUUUCCAGCAUGUGCGACUUAUCCAUCAAUGCUUGGUGAAAUGUACAGCGCGGCCUUUACUGCACCAGCGUUUAAUUGGCUAUGUAGUCCUGCAUUCACGGAGCUAGAGACGAUUGUGCUGGACUGGUUAGCGAGAAUGAUGGGCUUGCCAGAGUGCUUCGAGAGCAAAGGUGAGGGCGGUGGUGUAAUUCAGGGAAGUGCGAGCGAGGCAGUUGUUGUGGCCAUGGUCGCGGCUAGGGAGCGGGCGUUGAGUAAUUUAACGGAAGGGUAUGAGGGGGAGGUGAAAGAAGAUCAGAUGGAUGCGCUGAGGGGAAAACUGGUUGCACUAGGGAGCGAACAGGCACAUAGUUCGACGCAGAAAGGGGCGCAGAUUGCAGGCACGAAACAUGUUUCGAUCAAGACGUCUGCGGUCAAUCAUUUUGCCAUGACUGGUCGAGACUUAAGGAGAUCAUUAGAUGAUAUCACUGCACGAGGCCGCAUACCAUAUUAUCUAACCGUUACCUUGGGCACAACAGCAACGUGUGCGGUGGACAACUUCGCAGAAAUCGUUGAAGUGUUGAAGGACUAUCCCCAGAUAUGGGUACACGUCGACGCGGCAUACGCCGGUGCUGCAUUGAUAUGUCCAGAAUACCAACAUCAUGCCAAAAGUUUCGACAGAUUCGACAGCUUCGCCAUGAAUAUGCACAAAUGGCUCCUAGUAAACUUUGACGCGAAUUGCAUGUUCAUCCGCCGCCGCCGCGACCUGACCUCCGCUCUCUCCAUCACCCGCUCUUACCUCUCUAAUGACUUCUCCGAUCGCGGCCUCGUCACCGACUACCGCGAUUGGCAGAUUCCACUUGGCCGGCGCUUCCGCGCACUCAAAAUCUGGUUUGUCAUGCGCACGUAUGGUGUCUUGGGUAUGCAAGCGCAUAUACGCAAGGGCGUUGAGCUAGGGAAGCUAUUCGCAAGCCUUGUAGAAACCAGGAAGGAUUUAUUCAGGAUUGUCGAGGGCCCGAGCUUUGGAUUGGUGGUAUUCACAGUGGUGGGGAAAAGGGAGUUUGAGGUGAGAACAUCACAAACAAACGGGCCACAUAGUGGAGUGAAUGGAGGAAUGCGGCCUAGUACGACUGCAGAAAUAGAAUCGUACGGUACGCAAAAUGCUUACUCGAACGAUUUCACGCCAGAUGCAGCACAGCAGAUGUUGUUGGACGCGAAUGCGGUCACGAAGGAGGUGUAUACACGAAUCAAUGCGCGAGGACCAAUUUAUCUGACGAGCGGAGUAGUUGGUGGGACGUAUGCGAUCCGGCUUGUGAGUACGAAUUCUACUGCAAGUGAGGAGUUCGUGAAAGGGGCGUUUGAGGUUAUUGUUGAUGAAUCAGAGAAAAUAUUGCGAGGGGCAAAUUAA